AUGGCAAGAGGUCUGUUUCCAUGGGGGUUCUUCAGAAAGCCUCUGUACGUCCAGGUAAGCUUCUGGGGAAAUCCCUCUUCACUCUGCUUCGCUUGCCUAACAGUGAAUUAUGCAUUUGAAAUGUGUCGCCAACAGGCCAGAUUCUCCUACCUACACAUGAAGUACCUGUUCUUCUCCUGGCUGGCGGUGUUUGUGGGGAGCUGGAUUGUGUACGUGGAGUACUCGUCCUACACCGAGCUGUGUCGUGGGCACGACUGCAAAAAUUCAAUAUGUGACAAAUACAGAAAAGGAGUCAUUGACGGCUCAGCCUGCAGCAGCCUGUGUGAGAAAGACACGCUUUACCUGGGAAAGUGCUUCACUGCCAAGCCCAACAGUCAGGUGUACUCGGGGAGCUGGGGAGACCUAGAGGGGGUCAUUAAGUGCCAGAUGGAGGAGGCUCCUCGUUACGAUUUAGGAGGCGAGAUGGAGCCCAGGAAGGAGGCCGCGACCUUCAGCAAGCCCACCAAGGGGACCUCUGUGGAGAAGUUCAGAGAGAUGAUCUUCAACCACCUAAAGGCCAAAGUGGGGGAUCAGGCAAACCUCGCAGACCUGGCAACCCAAGUAUUGUCCAUAGCAGAUGCCAACAAGGACGGCCACAUCUCACUGCCGGAGGCUCGCUCCACGUGGGCCCUGCUGCAGCUCAACGAGUUCCUGUUAGCACUAGUCCUGCAAGACAGAGAGCACACGCCUAAGCUACUGGGCUUCUGUGGAGACCUGUACGUGAUGGAGAAGGUGCCGCACUCUCCUUUAUAUGGGAUUAGCGUACCUUGGAUCAUCGAGGUGUGGAUUCCUGCUGGUCUGCGCCGCAGCAUGGACCAGUGGUUCACCCCCUCCUGGCCACACAAGGCCAAGAUCUCCAUCGGACUGCUGGAGCUGGUGGAGGACAUUUUCCACGGCACUUUUGGCAGCUUCCUCAUGUGCGACGUGAGCGCCACCAGCUUCGGCUACAACGACCGCCACGACCUGAAGGUGAUGGACGCGCGCUACAUCGUCCCCGAGGCCAUUUUCCAAGAGGACAUCAGGCAGCAGCGGUGCGACGUGGACGAGGACUGCCUGUACGGGGCCGACUGCCUCACUUCCUGUGACCUCACCAAGCAUCGCUGCACACCCGAGGUCACCAGGCCAAACUUAGCCAAAGCCUGCGAAGCACUCAAGGACUACAUCCUGAGGGGAGCGCCGUCUGACGUGAGCGAGGAGCUGGAGAAGCAGCUGUACGCCUGCAUCGCGCUCAAAGGUUCAGCAGAGCAGAUGGAAAUCGAGCACUCGCUCAUUCUGAACAACCUCAAGACUUUGCUAUGGAAGAAAAUCUCUCAUACAAAAGACUCCUAAUAAAUAAGCAAGUCUUGCACUCUUGGCACACAGACCGAUUCCUGUCCCCCGAUGUUUUUAAAAAUAAUGGACAAUCAUUUUCACUGUGGAAACAGCUAUAAUGUUCCCCUUAUAUCAAAAACUUUACAUAUAUAACUGAUGUAUUUUAAGUUAGUUCUACUGCUGUCAGGAAUGUCAUUUUAAUAUUAAAUCAUGUACUACUUUGUUAGUGAUACUGCAGUAAGCUAAGAAAGUGCAAUUUUUGAAACCAGGACAAAGAUAAAUUAAUAAAUUUACUUAA